AUGUGCAAAGAAUCGAAUUACAGUCAGCGCAUCGAAAAGCCAGACAUGAGUCACGCCGAUACCAAAGUCAAAAGGGAUAACGUCAAUCUUGACGCUACACUACCCACCUACUACGACUCUGAGCCAUCAGCACAGCCACCAAAAUACCCCGACGGCCAAUUCAUUUCAACUGGGUUACGGAGUAAAGAUAUAGAUCAAUGUAGCGCCGGUGCGCCCGCAAGUACCAUCGCGGCAAUCCUCGGUUCUGGCUAUGUCGAUUUGGAUGCUCAGCGACGGGCAGACCGCAAAAAGAAGACUAUUCAUGAGCGGUGGAAUGAUUUCAAAGAAAGAAAUCUUGGCACCUACGAUGUAUCAGAGGAUAGAGCUGGGGCGGCGAGUGCAGCGGAAUGGAAUAUGCAGGGCGCAAGAUGA